AGCUCGAAUGCUUGAGUUCAUCACAACCUUCGAGCAAGACUUAGGGAGACAACAUAACUUGAACAUUUCAGCAAGUCUCUUGUUUUCAGGAUUUUACAAAGCAUGGCGGAGUGGCAGUCCACGAGUGGCGGGGAUAUACCAGACAACGCCGUGCGGGCUGGAUAUGAGGAAAAUGGCCAGCCGCUGUUUAUUGCCCGGGCUGAGAUGGAAGACGGCGUUAAGACGCCCGGCAAAGCGGGUCCUAAGCUUUCGGGCGCACACAUUCCCUGGGGCAACAAGGAGGUGGUCGUCGAAAAUUACGAAAUCCUUGUCCAUUCUCCAAACUCGGUCGGAUAUUACGAGUGGCUACCUUGUUCCGGGGGCGAUGUGCCCGAAAACGCGUUUAAGACAAGCGACGGAAUUUAUAUUGGCCGUUGCCACUACGAGGGUGGACUGGUUCCCGGUAAGGUAUCCACAUCGCACGGCUGCGCUUACAUUUCUUACGGAGGAGAGGAAGAGGAGCUCCCGGAAUACCAGGUUCUCUGCCGCAUUAAAUAAUUAUCAAGUUGUAAUAAAUAGAAAAAAACGUGUAUACAGUGAAUUAGAAUACAGAUUAUUCUUUUGAAAAUAUUUUAGACAUUUCAUCGACAUUAUUUUGUUAUGAAUUAACUGAAAUAUAAACCUUAGAAAAAAUACAAGCUUGGACGAAAAUGAAUGUGAUAAUGUAUUUUUAUUAAAGCGAUGUUACUACGAAAUGAUUUUGAAUACGUACAUAAUGAUGUAUCAGUAACGACAAUGUUUGAGAUUAAAUGCUUAAAGCCAUAAAGGUCAUGGAUGUUUAUAUUGCAUGCGUCUGGCGUUAAAGGUGCACUCUUACUCCUAAAUAAGAUUUACUACAAU